CGUCCUCCUUCUGCUGCUGCCCCCGUCACCAUGACCGCCCCCGCUGCCACCACCACCACCGCAAAGCAGCUCGUCCCGUGGGACGGCAAGAUCAACUGGGCGCUGAACGGCACGACCGUCUUCAAGGACUCCGACGAAGAGCGGCGGGCACGGGUCAAUCCGUCGAACACGUUCAACCGGGAGUCGCACUCGAAGCUGUGGGUGUUCCAGUUCGGGCUGCGCUACGUGCCCGCGGCCUUCGAGCACAACGUGUACCGCGCCAUCAAGGUCGACAACCUGCCAGCGGGGGCGGGGCUGGCGCAGAUCCUGGCCCCGAUCCCGGGGGAGAUCCUGUCGGCGCGGCUGCUCGACACGCGCGCCAUCACGGGGUCCAAGACCGCGCUCGUCACCUUCGUGCACCAGGCCGACGCCGUGGGCUUCCUGCGUGCCGCCGCGGGCCUCCUCCCGCUGAAGGCCGGGCCGCCCGCCCGCGUCGCGCCGAUCCCCACCCCCAGCUACCCCAUCAGCGCCGACAUGGAGAAGCUGAUCUACGACAAGGGGUACACCCGGUGCAUCCGCAUCACCCACCUCCGCGAGUCGCUGAAGGGGGACAUCUGCCGCGCCUUGAGCACCGCCUAUCUGGUCCCGCAGAUCGAGAGCAUCCACGAUGGCCCCAGCCCCGGCGAGAGCCUGCUGCGCUUCUGCUCCAUCAAGGCCGCCGCGGCGGCGUAUGUGCUGCUCCGCGCCCAGGCCAAGUUCGAUGAGUGUCAGUGGGAGUUCGUCAAGGCGGUUCGCUCGAAGAAUCCUCGGAUUGGGAUCUGGGACUAG